ACGCGCCUCCGCGGGAGCACAGAAGAGCCAAUCAGGCGCUCGGCGUAUUUUACAAACUGGGGAAGGAGCGCCGUAGAAGCCAGAGUCAGGAAAAGGCGGAGGCAGUGUGAGUGAGCCAGAGUGGUUCCGAGUUGUAGCCGUCAUGACCACCCUCCAAGCCACAAAGGAACCUCUCCUCAGGGGUGUAUCUCCUACCCCUAGCAAGAUUCCCGUACGCUCUCAGAGACGCCAGCCUCUCCCUACAGUCAAACCCCGCGUCCUGGACCAGGAGAACCAAGAUCCAAAGAGACUGGUGCAGAAGCUCAGUAUUCAACGCUCCGUCGACUCAGCCGGCCCCAGGCCAAAAGUCACACAUCAAACGGAGAAAUCAGAAAGAUCACUGGAGAGCACUCAGCUCCGGAACCCCUUGGAGGAACUGAGGCCUAGCCCUGGGGGACAAAAUGUGGGGCCUAGGCCCCCUCCCCAGACAGAGGCUCCAGGGACCGUAGAGUUUGUGGCUGACCCUGCAGCCCUGGCCACCAUCCUGUCAGGUGAGGGGGUGAAGAGCUGUCGCCUGGGGCGCCAGCCCAGUCUGGCUCAGAGAGUACUGGUUCGAGGGAGCCAGGGAGGCACCAUCCGUAGAGGCCAGGGUGCCCGGGCCUCUGCAUAUUUAGCCCCUAGAACUCCCACCCACCGACUGGACCCUGCCAGGGCUUCCUGCUUCUCGAGGCUGGAGGGACCAGGACCCCGUGGCCGGACCUUGUGUCCCCAGAGGCUAGAGGCUCUGAUUCCACCUUCAGGACGUUCCUUUCACCCCUCUGUGCACCCCAGUUUCCAGGAGCUAAGAAGAGGGACAGGUGGCAGCAGCCGGACUUCAGGGAGCCAGACCUCAGAAUUACUCCUGGAGACUUCAGUUCAGCCUGCUCCCUCUCUCCCUGAAGGAGAACAUGAAGUUGUUACCCACUCUGAUGAAGGAGGAGGGGGCCCCCUAGGUCUGGCCCAGCGGGUACCAUUAAGAGAGAUAACCCACACCAGGGACGGCCGUGCCUCCCACCUGAUACCCUCCCCUGCCCGUGUGGUGCCACCUUCCAUCGCCCAUCCAUCACCCUUUGGACAGGCUCAGCGUGUACCCUCGCCUCGCACCUCAGCUCCAGUUUGUAUCCACAACUCCUGGGGGCUGGGCGAGGGCAGAACUCCUGCUCAGUCUAGGUUUUGUUCCUGCUUAACCAUCCUCCUCUCUCCCCAGACCUCGUAUUCAGUUUUGCGGCGUCUUGCCGUUCGCCCCAAAACCCAGUUCACACCCAUCCUGUCGGCCCCCAGAGUUCAGCAGGCCCAGUGUUUGAGUGGCCUCUCCCCUCAGUCUUGCCCUGAAGACCCUGCCCUGCCCUGGGAGCAGAUUGCAAUCCGGUUAUUUGACCAGGAGAGCUGCGUGAGUUUGCAUGAGGGUCCUGGGAAACCCGCUGUGGCAGCUCCUCAUGGACCCCACCCUGGCACAACCCCCAAGCUCCAGGAGCUGAAGAUGCAGCGCAUCAGUAUCCUGCAGCAGCUGUUGCGACAGGAGGUAGAAGGGCUCACAGGGGGCAAGUGUGUCCCCCUGAAUGGAGGCUCCUCUCUGGAUAUGGUUGAACUUCAGCCCCUGCUAGCUGAGAUGUCUAGAACUCUCAAUGCCCCAGAGAAGAAUUCAGGGGACUUACACCCUCCCGGACUGUUACAGAACCCUGGGCUACCAAAGCCCUGCCUCCCAGAGGAGUGUGGGGAACCACAGCCCUGCCCAGGAACAAAGCUGGAGAUAGCUCAGCCCUGCCCUGCAGCAGAGCCAGGGCCCCCAGAGUCCAGCCAUAGCAGGGAGCCUGGGAUACCAGAAUCCCCUGUCCAGGAACAGCCUGAGGUAUCAGAGCCCCGCCCUCCAGUAGAGCCUGGACCCCUUCAGGCAGACUCCCACGGGCAGACUGGACUCCUAGAGCCCUCCCCUAGGAUAGAGCCUGGGGCAUCAGAGGCCUGCUUCCUGGAACCUAGAAGUCCAGAGUCCAGCCCACGGCCCUGCUGCAGUCCGUGGGCACCAGCCACCACCAACCUGAUCUUCUCCUCCCAACGCCCACUCUGUGCCAGCCCCCCUAUUCACUCACUCCGGUCACUGAGGCCCCCAACAGGCCAGGCAGGCCCCAGCAACCUGGCCCCUCGAACCCUGGCUCUGAGGCAGCGCCUCAAAGCAUGUUUGACUGCCAUCCACUGCUUCCACGAGGCCCGCCUGGAUGAUGAAUGUGCCUUCUACACCAGCCGAGCCCCACCCUCAGGCCCCACCCGGGUCUGCACCAACCCUGUGGCCACAUUACUUGAAUGGCAGGACGCCCUGUGUUUUAUUCCAGUUGGUUCUGCUGCCCCACAGGACUCUCUAUCAUGAUGCGUCCACAUCCUGUCCUGCCAUGAGCCUUCCUUUUAGCCCUUAUUUAUUAUCCUUCAAUAAAGUUUCUUUUUUUAUUUUA